GAAGCGACACACCCAGCCGCCGUGCAGAGGCUCCUCGUCCUCGGCUGAGUCUUCAUGGCCGUCUUCUUCCGCUCCCGCGAGUCCGACUAUGACUUUGAAGUUGGUGAAUAUCGGCAGAUCUCCGGAUCUGAGCCUCGGGCCGCUGCGGCCGCUCCCGGAUCAAGACAAGCAAGAACCAAACUCCUGGACCUGCUGCUGCUCAGCUUCGGCCUGCUGUGUGUCCUCCAGGCUUCGCUCAACGUCUGCCUGAGACUGAGACAAGGUGGGGCAGAGGAGGAGACGCAGGAGACGCAGGAGGAGACAAAGGAGGACAGCUGUCCUCGGGGUUGGAUCCUGUCCUCCUCCAGCUGUUACUACGUCUCCUCUCAGAGAGCGAGCUGGGACGGAGCCAGGAAGGACUGCAGGAGCAGGGGGGCGGAGCUGGUCAUCAUCAACAGCCCCCAGGAGCAGAACGUCCUCAGUGGCCUGGUGGUCGCAGCCUGGGUGGGCAUGACGGACCGUGGGGCUGAAGGAGUCUGGCUGUGGGUCGAUGGAACUCCAGUGGACAGAGCACGGCUGCUCUGGGCUCCUGGACAGCCGGACCAGGCCUUUGAGGGAGAGGACUGUGGCGACCUCCGGGUCAUGCCCUCCUUCACGGGGCUGAAUGACUAUGACUGUGACGCUCGGUCUCAGUGGAUCUGUGAGAAAAACCCGGAGCCAGUUUAAACUGCUCUUCUCAUCGUGUCUGGUAACGAGGUUCCAGGUUGCAGGUCUCUGUCCUGCAGUGCACCAGCCUCACUUUGUUCCGUGUUCGUCUCUGAAGUUCCACUCUCUGUGAAUGUGGGAUGUUUCCGGUCCUCCAGCAUAUUAAACCAUGU